UCUCUCUCUCCCUGUUCCUUGUUUUGGCUCUUCGAUUAUUUUUUCCAAUUCAAUUCCAAAGUCAGCAUUUCACCCAAAGGAAAAACCUUAACUCGUCAAAUUUCGAUUCUUCAAUUGCUACAAGAUGCCGGCCACCGCAGGGAGGGUUCGGAUGCCCGCGAACAACCGGGUGCAUAGUAGCGCCGCGCUACAAACCCACGGGAUUUGGCAAAGUGCAAUAGGUUACGACCCGUAUGCGCCCAAUAAAGAUGAUUCCAAAAAUUCAUCGAAUCAUACGGCCGCCAGUGCUGAACCUGAAGGCGAAAACGCCUACGCUAGCUUUCAAGGGCUUUUAGCACUUGCCCGAAUCACCGGGUCGAAUGCUGAUGAGGCUCGUGGAGCUUGUAAAAGGUGUGGACGUGUUGGGCACCUUACUUUUCAGUGUAAGAAUUUCGUGAGUUUGAAGGAGGAGGAGAAAGACCCCGAAGCGAUUCAGGCUGCGGUUUUGAAUGGAUUGGAUAAGUUGAAAGGAGGGAAAGUGAAUGGGAAGGUGGAGGUGGAGAGUGAGGAGGAGGAAGAUGAGAGUGAGAGUUCAGAUUCUGAUGAGGAUUCGGAGAUUGAGAAGAUUAUUGCUCGAAGAUACGGGAAGAAGGUUAGUGGUAAAGGGAAGACGUUGUCGAAGAAGAAAAAGACUGAUGACGAUGAUGGGUCGGAUUCAGAUUAUGGAGAGAGAAAGAAGAGAGGGCGGUCAAAGAAAAGGAGUGGUAGGAAGAGAGGAAGUAGCAAUUCAGAUGAUGAGAAUGAAAGUAGGAGGAAGAGGAGGAAAGAGAAGAGGAGGAAGAGGGAUGCAUCUUCGGAUGAGGAUGAUGAGCAUCGUCGCCAUAGGAAGCGAAAGAGUAGGAAGGAGAAGAGGAGAAGGAGAAGUCAUAGGUCUUCUGAUGAUUCUGAGUCAUCGGAUGUCUCGGAUGAUCAUGGUAAACGGCAUAGGAGGAAGAGCCAAAGGAACAAAUCCCCUUCUGAUUCUGAUGUUAGUUGUUCGGAUGAUUCUCGGGUUGGAAGGGGUACAAAGAGGUCUGAGGAGAGGAGCAGGAAACGCCGCCACGAAGAUGAUGAGUAGAAGCUUGUUAGCAAAGGGAUCCAGAGGAGUGGAUAUGAAGUUUGUGCCAGAAGUUGUUAAUGUUUUGGAGGGGAAGAUUGUUCAAGUUAUUUGUUAUUUUGUGUAUGGUUGCGAAAAUGUUGUGGUUAUCCUUUGAAACCAAAAAAAAAAGAGGAGGACAAAAGACAAAAAGGAUGAAAAACAAUUUGUGAGUUAAUUUUUGUCGUGUGUUUAGCUUCCCUGUGAAUAAAGCUGACUUGUUCAAUUA